AUGGAGGACGAAUCCCCAACGGAAAGUGGCCGGCGCGAUAUCGCCAAACGGGUGUCCCGAGCCUGCCUGCAUUGCCGACAACGCAAGUCGCGAUGUGACCUCAACGGCACUGGCAAACCGCCGUGCCAGCGCUGCGUCCGCGAAAACCGCGAAUGCGUGCUCGGCGGCUCAAAUCGCGGCGGACGUCGAAUCCGCAAGAACAAAAUCAAAAAUUUCACACCAACCAAUCCCUCCAGCAAAGAUUCAGACGUGUCAAGCCCGACUCAUUCCGAAAAUCGUCAAUCUGUCUCUUACCCGGGCCCGGUGGUUUUCCUACCACCCAACCCGCCACCCGCCCCAACAUCAGUAGAAGAGGAUGACGCCUCCAUAGGCUCCGUCCCACGAAAUCCAUCAGACGCCUGGCAAUGUCUAACAGGUAUAGCGCAGGCUCCAGAACCACGCGAGCCGCGUCCAGAGUCAUCUUUCCCAACAUACAACAUUCGCAACAGUGUCAUCUCCGAAUUUAGUAACCCGGCCGGGAUCCGAGCCUACAGACUCGUUCAGUCGCGCUCGCUAGACCCCGAAACUGUCUGGCAGCUGAUCUCCCGAUAUGCGGAGAAUUUUCACCCUUACCUGCCCCUCGUGCCGAGGAAGUAUUUCGCCCGCGCUGCGCUGGACGCCUUCGCUACGGAGAAACACCUAUUGACCGCGGUGCUCACCAUUGCAUCGAAGGAUCUGGUCGAUCAGCCAGAAAUCCAUGAGUACUGCUCAAAGUACAUGCACGAGUUGAUUUCCGGGAUUGCAGCCGGUGCAGAAUGCGACGUGGAAGCCGUCGAGGCGCUCCUCCUUCUUGCGGAGUGGGAGCCGCAGGGUCUGCGACCUCGGAUCGAGCGUGUGGGUCGAGGAGAGGAAGACCGCGCUGCGUGGAUGCACGUGGGUCUGGCGCUUCGGUCGGGCUAUUUCAUCGGCAUGGACAGGACCUCUUUCCGAGGUGAUCCGUUUGGGGAUCAAGAGGGUGAGGCGAGACGACGACUAGCCUGGGCUAGUUGCUAUGUCUCUGAUCGGUUGAUUUCUGUGCGCAUUGGCAGAGCAUUUUGGUCCCGUGGGCCUGGGCCCAUGACUGGUCUCGUUAGUCAAGAUUUCCCUUCCCUGCAGCCUGCGAAGGAAGGGGAGGAAGACUAUGCGAAGAUCUUUCAGGCUAUGCUUGAUCUGACACAGCUUUAUGGAAAUGUCCAUGAGGUGUUGUAUUCGGGGAUGCGGACGAGUAAUCAGAUGAUGCUGAUGGGCGAUUAUGUUAAAUAUGUGGAUGAUUUCCGGCUUGCGAUACUGAGAUGGAAGUCGCUUUGGGGAUCCUUGGAUUGCUCACGACCGAUGAGGGCAACUCUGCAGUUGUCUUACGAGUAUUUGCGUUUAUAUACGACUGCUUUUGCAUUCCAGGCAGCUAUCUCUCAAUCUCUGGCCAAGCCGAAGAGUGAUGCACAAGGACACAGAGAGCAGCUUCGAUCGACGUUCAAGAAUGUUGCAUCUAUGCAAGAUUCACGAUUCAUCUAUGAGUCCGUUGAUGCAGCCAAGUCUUACCUGACUAUUCUUGUCGAUUUGGUAGAUCCCGAGAAGCACUUGCAUUUCAUGCCUCUCCGCUUCUACUUAUACGGGAUUUACUCUGCGGUUUUCCUCUACAAGGCCCGUUCUUUCGGCAUGAUGGUUCCCUCUGAAGAAGCCAAGGUCCAAGGCCUAGUGAGCCGAACAACCGAAGUGCUCAAACAAGCAAGCGCUGGCACCGACGAUGUCGGGUCACGCUAUGCCCGUCUCCUAGAGCUUCUGUGGAAGCCUAAACCGGCUUCAUCUGCAGAACAGACCACUGAGUUCCCAAUGCAAACAGCCCUUCCAAACCCCGUCACAGACCCAGGCUACAUGCAUUUCAGCCCGGCCAACGACUUCUCAUGGCUGGAUCUGGAGGCUGUGGGCGACUAUGUCUCCGGCGAUCAGAUUUCGGGCGGGUUGUCAGGGCUAGAUGCAUUCCAGAACACAUCGGACGUGUACCAAGGACAGGAACGGUCGCAAAGCUGGCAGCCUUCUGCUUGGAUGGGGGAUAUGAGCAGCAGUCUCCUAUUCUAG